UGACAGGAUAUACAGUGAAAACUAAGCAUCACACUGUCAGUCUCAAAGUAGAAGGUUGCUUUUAUUGACCGCUUCAGCUAAUGCUUCCUCACCACCGCCUCUUUCAAAACCUUGUAGCCACUAGACUGGAAAACCUGGAAGCAAAGCCCUCCAAUGUCCAGUAGUAGCUAUAAACAUGCUCCACUGCUGCAGCAAUGAUAACUAUUUAAAUAACCAAAGCAGCCCGGGGAAGCUGUUGUAGGACUGUGGUAGUGUCCAGCUAGGCGAGUUUUACAGCAAGAAUGUUCUGCAUCUCUUCCACCCAUCCUGCGCUGCGAUUGUACUUACUAAGAGAUUCCUGCUUUCUCUUGGCCAGAUAAGAGGAUCUAUCGACUUCCCGUGUUCUCCAAGGAGUUCUGCCGAGUCUUCAUUGAAGAGCUGGAGAACUUUGAGCAGUCCGACAUGCCCAAAGGCAGGCCAAACACGAUGAAUAACUACGGGGUCUUAUUAAAUGAGCUGGGGCUGGAUGAAGCUUUCAUUACACCUCUGCGUGAGAAAUACCUGCAGCCUAUCACAGCGCUGCUGUACCCAGACCUGGGAGGAGAUUCCUUGGACAGCCACAAAGCCUUUGUUGUCAAGUAUGCACUUCACCAAGAUCUGGACUUGAGCUGCCACUAUGACAACGCCGAAGUCACUUUAAACGUGUCCCUGGGAAAGGAAUUCACUGAGGGCAACUUGUAUUUUGGAGAUUUCCAGCAGGCUCCAAGCCCAGUGCCAAGGUACAUUGAGAUCGAGCACGUGGUAUCUCAUGGCUUGCUUCACCGGGGAGGGCAGAUGCACGGGUCACUCCCCAUCACCUCUGGGGAGCGCUGGAACCUCAUUGUGUGGAUGAGAUCGUCUGCCAUCCGCAACCAGCUCUGUCCCAUGUGCAACAAGAAACCGCAGCUGGUGGAAGCUGAGGGGUUUGGAGACGGGUUUACAAGAAGCCCAGAAGGGGACGAGCCUGAGACAGUGGAUUUAUGCUCUGUAUUGUAGCAGAGGACAAGGACCGAACUGGCCAGACUGCACCAGCUGAAGCGAGCUCCUGCCCAAUCGAACCACAGUGACCACCCCAGCACAGAGCAGGGAGUCAGACUUUACCAGCACAAGUGCAGUAGUUGGCCCUUGGCAGUGGUUAGCCCAGUUACCCAGUACUGACAUCUGAGAGCCGCCUGUGUGUAUGUGCACUCAAGUCGUCCUCCACUGAACACGUCAGGCUUGUUCAAGCUGCCCCAAAAGGCUGAGCCUUAAAAGCCAAACACAGACCCCGGUGUUGCUCUACAAGUGCAAGUGUUUCACUCGUUGCGGCUUCGCAUCCCCGCAGAGAGCACUGAGCAGCCCCCUUCGGAGAUGCUGCUGUUUCCAAACAAGCAGGAACCAGCUGCAAAGGCGAAAGAGUUGGAAGUGGAAGAGCUCUAAUGGAAGGCGAGCCCGGGCAGAAGUGACCCCUUCCGUGGGCCAUAGGGGUGUCCCUCUGAGCUGAGCACUGCUAUAAAUGUCGCCAAGAGAAGAGCAAAUGCAGGAGUGCUGACUUGGGCACUGCAGCCAUCUGAAUUCCUGAAUUUGGCACUGGGGGCCCACUGCAAAUGGCGCAGAGACAGAUGAUCGCACGUCCCUGCUGGCUCUGGACCCAUCAGUUCAGGACAUUAAUUCCAAGCUGCAGAUCACAUAUGCCAAAAGCUGAUAUUCAGGAUGCCAAAUCCCUCUGCUUUCGGUUGCCUCGCUUGACUCCACGGAAAACGAACUCUGUGUCCCAAAUACACAAAUACGCCAUUGUCGUUAUUAUGGGCCUCUUCACUUCAUUUACUGUGGCUCCCAUGGUACCCUGUAUGAUCGCUCUCAUUUGCAUAAUUAAUGAUGAUGAAGCAUCACUGUCAUAGUUUACGUGAAAAGCGUUAAUUUUAAACCUUCCCAGCAGAUCUGAAGCAUUUUGGGCUUGCUGUCUAAUUAGCGUGCAGCACUGAUGAGCUUUUUCAUUUGCAAAACUCAUUAAACUGGCAUUCUGGAAAGAGAAAACGCCAUUAGGUCCGUACGCUGAACCUCACGCUCGGAACAGAAAGGAUUCUUAUUUCUCGCUGUUUUCUGCAUUGAGAAAACCAAUCACGGGCUCUUAAUUUCCUUCAGCCGGAAAUGUUUGCGCUUCUUAUUUGCAUUUGAAUUACCCCAAGAAAAUUAAGUUAAUGAAAGAGAAAUCUGCCAGGCUGUCUGCUGCUGCCUGGGGAUGCGAAACUCAGCCUGCAAAUAGCUCAUUAAACAGGCAGGGCCCGGGGGGCUGGGGGAGUAAGCCCCUGCUCCUCCUCGCAGGCUGGCAGCCGGGUCAGGCUCUGUUCCUGCCUUUGCCCUUCAGCUGUGUAAGGCUGGGGUAGUCCCUAGCUGGGCUCUCCAAGUGGCAGGGCUCGGGCUCAACUCCUCAGUGUUUGCAAGUCACCUUCAUGGCGGGCUUGCAGGGCUGCAGACCUGGGAGGGGGCAGGGCAGGGCAAGCCCCCACCUCUGAUCCCAGGCCCUUCCCCUGGCAGCUCCCGGAUCACGUGGCCUGGCUCCACCGGGGCACAUAAAGUGGUCGGAACCAACGUGCCCAGGCCCGCGCUUCCGGCCGGGCCCCGCCCAGCGCCACACCGCGGGACCGGAAGUGGGUCGGGAGAUCACCGGAGCAGCGGCGGGGCGCAGCGCUCGGCCCCGGGCACGGGGUCCGGCCCCGCUCGGGAACGACUUCUGACAGCUAAAAGGAGGAGGGCACAGAGGCGGACGAGGACAUCUCCUGCCAACCCGAAGCAGGGAGGGCCGUUUGGACAGCAAAGGAGAGUUGUCUCAUGAACGGCGUAGUGGAGAUAUAGGG